UGAGUCACAGGAUUACUGAAGCUGCGCUCAGACGUGUUUAAAGACGUCUUCAGACCAGCAGCAGCUGCAGCACUCUUCAUAUGAUCCUUCAGUCUCUCUACACUUAUUCUGCAGGAUGAAGAGUAUGAGGAAAAAACAGUCUUUAAUUCUUCUCAUCUCACUGUGCAUGUCAAUGGGGCAAUCUGACUUUGCACCGUAUUUCUAUGAUAAUGGAGCUGGAAGCAGCAACGGAAACCUGGCGUUAUUCAGCAUCUCUGAAGACACGUCUGUUGGGACUCAUGUUUACACACUGAACGGCUCUGACCCCGAAGGCGAGCCAGUGACCUUCGGCAUGACCUUUGAUAAGGGCUCCAGAGAUUAUUUCAGCGUUGAGCCCAAAUCAGGGAACAUGACUCUCAUCCAAACACUGGACAGAGAGGUUCAGGAUGAGAUCGUUGCAUUUGUGACCAUAACAGAUGGGAGAAAUAAGGUUGUAGAAAAUGUUCGAGUGUUCAUCACAGAUGCUAAUGAUGAAAAGCCUGAGUUUUUGAAUCUGCCAUUCGUAGUGGACGUCCCCGAGGACGCAGCUUCAGGCAGCAGCAUCUACAGAGUCCAGGCCAUCGACAGAGACCUCGGGUCCGGAGGAAGUGUCACCUACUACCUGCAGGAGACAUACCUUCAUCAGUUAUCAUUUCGUUUGCAGUCGACACCCAGCACUAAGUUCACCAUCGAUGGUCACAGUGGAGUCCUGCGCAUCAGAGCCGGAGAAUCGCUGGACUACGAGCUCUCCAGAACUCACUUUGUCACUGUGGUAGCAAAGGAUGGCGGGGGUAAAUAUCAUGAAAAAUACCAAGUCAUGACCUCCACAGCCAUCAUAACCAUCAAUGUCCUCGAUACCCAGGAUUCUCCUCCACUGUUUGUUGGUACUCCGUAUUUUGGAUAUGUCUAUGAAGUCUCUGUACCAGUAAGUGUGACAUUAUUUCAUAUCUAAAAUCCUAAAAAAAUA